ACAGAAGCAGGGAGCGGCGGCAGCGGAGCCGGAGCCCGGAUCGCCGCGUUCCAGCCUCAUCGGAGCUCAGGACGGACGGCGCCCGGCUGGAAGCGCUGCGGGAGGAGGAAGGAGCGCGGCGAGCGCUGCUCCCGAUGGCGGGCGGACGGCGGCGGAGCCGCUGGAGAGCGGGAGAGGGGCUGCUGCCCGCUUUGCUGCUGUGCUGCUGCUGCUGCCGAGCGGCGCCGGAGCGGAUCCGCUACGCGAUCCCCGAGGAGCUGGGCAGGGGCUCGCUGGUGGGGCCGCUGGCUCGGGACCUGGGGCUGAGCCCGGCCGAGCUGCCGGCGCGCCAGCUGCGGCUCAGCUCGGAAAAGCGCUACUUCUCCGUGAGCGGGGAGAACGGGAACCUGUACGUGAGCGAGAGGCUGGACCGGGAGGAGCUGUGCGGCGAGUCGGCGUCCUGUUCCGUCAGCUUCGAGGCGGUGGUGCAGAACCCGCUCAACGUUUUCCACGUCGAAGUGGCCAUCCACGACAUCAACGACAAUUCCCCGGUGUUCAGCAAGGCAGUUCUGGAUCUCGAGAUCGGGGAAUGGACCCUCCCCGGAGCUCGUUUUCCUCUGGAGGUGGCCCAAGACCCGGACGUAGGAAGCAAUUCGCUGCUGACUUACCAGCUCACUGAAGACUCGUCCUUCUCUCUGACAAUGAAGGUGAGCAAGGGAGGAAAGAAGCAGCCGGAAUUAGUGCUGGAGCGAGCUCUGGACCGCGAGAAACAGAGCUCCUUUCAGAUGGUGCUAACGGCGACUGAUGGAGGUGACUCCGCGAGGUCCGGAAGUGUGCAGAUCCGCGUGAACGUGAGUGACGCCAACGACAACGCGCCCGUGUUCAGCAAAAGCGCUUAUGAGGCGCAAGUGCCGGAGAAUCUGCCAGUGGGAUCGCUGGUGCUGCAAGUGCGAGCUGCGGAUGCGGACGCGGGUUCCAAUGGGCGGGUCUCCUACUUCUUCGGCAACGUCCCAGAGAGCGUCCGCUCCAUGUUCAGCAUCGACGCCGAGAGCGGCGAGGUGAGAACUGCCGGGCCACUGGACUUCGAGGAGAGGAGCAAGUACAGCUUCGGUCUGGAGGGACGGGACGGCGGCGGACUGACGGGUCACUGCGAGGUGCAAAUCGACAUAAUCGACGAGAACGAUAACGCACCUGAAAUAACGACGCUGUCGCUGUCGAGCCCGGUGCCCGAGGACGCGCCGCCCGGCAUCGUCGUGGCGCUGCUGAAGGUGCGGGACCGGGACUCCGGGGAGAACGGGCGGGUGCGAUGCGAGCUGUCGGGAGAGGCGCCGCUGCAGAUCCUGGCAUCUUCGGGCGGCUCGUACAAGGUGGUGACGGCGGGCGCGCUGGACCGGGAGCGGGCGUCCGAGCACCGGGUGACGGUGAUCGCCACGGACCGGGGCAGCCCGGCGCUGUCGAGCCGCGCGGAUCUGGUGCUGGAGGUGUCGGACGUGAACGACAACGCGCCGGUGUUCGAGGAGGCCGCCUACAGCGCCUACGUGCCCGAGAACAACGCGGCGGGAGCGCCGGUGCUGCGCGUGAGCGCGCGGGACGCGGACGCGGGAGCCAACGGGCGCGUGAGCUACGCGCUGGCGGGCGGCGGCGCGGACGCGGCGUUCGUGUCGGUGCAGGCGGAGACGGGCGCGGUGUUCGCGCAGCGCUCGUUCGACUACGAGCGGUGCCGCGAGUUCGCCGUGGAGGUGCGGGCGCAGGACGGCGGGACGCCGGCGCGCAGCGCGACGGCGACGGUGCGCGUCUUCGUGCUGGACCGCAACGACAACGCGCCGCGGGUGCUGUGGCCGGCGGCGAGCGGCGGAGCGGGCGCGGGCGCGGUCGCGGGGCCGUUCGAGGUGGUGCCGCGCUCGGCAGAGGCCGGCUACCUGGUGGCCAAGGUGGUGGCGGUGGACGCGGACGCGGGGCGCAACGCGUGGCUGUCGUACGAGCUGGUGCAGGCGCCGGAGCCGGCGCUCUUCCGCGUGGAGGCGCGCAGCGGCGAGGUGCGCACGGCGCGGGCCGUGUCGGAGCGGGACGCGGCCAAGCAGCGCCUGGUGGCCGUGGUGAAGGACCACGGGCAGCCGGCGCUGUCGGCCACGCGGAGCCCGAUCGGCAGCGCCCGCCCGGGAGAGCCGCCCGAAGACCUCCGUGCACCGCAGGUCAGUAACUCCGCGCUUUUGUCAUCUUGUCUCUCAUCCUUUCCGAUCUCCACACCAAAUGCAACGUCCUAUUCCUUUGGGGUUUCCCUGGCUAGCGUUUGUGGGAGGCAUUGCUCCGCGUCAUUACAACAGAAUGAAGCGGUACUGCGUUGCAGCUGUGCUUCCGAGCCGGCGGUUGACAGCUUCAGCCCUUGUUUAAUCAAUGAUCACAGCCAGCUGCGCUGCGCGGCCGGCAGCUGCUGCGACACGCUCCCGGCCCGGCCGCCGCCCGACGAGGCCGCGCCGCUGCGCGGGGAAGACGCUGCCGCCCACCGCGCCUCCGAGCCCGAAGCCUUCACG